CACGGUGAUUGGUUCGCUCGUAAAACGCGAGAAGUCACAUUUACGACUUUAUCCAGCCGGUCGGUGGUUGAAGAAGUGGCUGCGCAUGGACGUCGUGAGGGUGCAUCAAGUCAUGGCCGACGUGGACUUGAUCAAGAGAGCCACCGACGCGAAGAUGGCCCUGGUGAAGAAAGUUAAAAGGCGCGUUCAAAGCAAGCUCAACCAGCGACGCUACCGUGCCGACCAAAAGGCGUUGACGGACCGCCUGGAACAGGCCGUCUUACAUCUGCACAACGAUGUGGCCCGCAUGGAGGGGCGCGCGGAAACGAUACGACUGGCCGUUUCCCACACCCUUCGAACGUUUGAUCACGAGUGCAAGCUCAGCACAGAGUACUUUCGUCUUUUUGAUCAAGGAUAUGACCUGGACCCGACGUCGACGCGGCACCAGAGUCAGUUUGCCUAUUUGACCAACGCAAUGAGUCAAGACCUCGUUAUCAUGGGCAAAGUCGGGCGUGACAAACUCUUUGAGCAGUGGGUGCUCUACAUGAGCACGUUCGAAGCGUUUUCGAUGGAGCUCCACAACGUGCAAUUGGUAUCCUUGACGCCCACUGCCACUGUCCACAUCGAAACGACGCUGCACUUGCGAAUGUCGCGCAAGUCGAUAUCGUUGUUGUUUCCGCACCUCCUGGACAACGAGCCCCUCGUCCAACGUCUAAUUGGAAAGGUGAUGCACUUACCAGCCCAACAACGCUUCAUCUUCGACAGCAAUGGUGUCGUCCAAGAACUUGGCACGCAUGCGAACACGGCAUGUGCGUUGAUGACUCUCCUCGGCAGCGUGGAUGAUACGCUGACAGUCAUCGCGGAUUUUCAGUUGACCGAAGCAGCCGAGCUUGUCUCGCGUGCAGGGUAACCUGUCCUCGCCCCAGACGACAGUGAUCGAAUUAAGAUACACGGUGGAUGUUAUGGAUGAGCUUCCAGACAUUUGAGUCGUCGUUGUUGAACCAAAGUGAAUCCUCGGCUCG